GUAUAAGAUGAAAUGUAAAGAAUGUGAUUUUGUCCAACUCAAUUAAUUUUAGUCCAAUACAAUGUAGUAAUGUGGUCCAACAAAGUUAACUAUUAAUAUACACCUGUGAAAAAUGUGCCUUGGUCAAAAUGUACAGAGAAUUUAAAACCCUGAACACACUGUCCCCACUAUGAAACACGGCAGUGGCAGUAUCAUGCUAUAGGUAAGCCUUCCUUCUGCAGGGACAACCAAACUUGGACGGACGUUCACUUUACCUCAGGAUGGUGACCCUAAAUGGCUUACAGUGUCCUAGUCAAAGUCCGAAACAAAAUCAGUUAAGUACCCUUUACAUUAAUCCAGUUAAUUCUUGUAUAGUUUUAUUAUAUAGUCAGAUAGAGGUCCCAAUUCAUGCAUUCUAGUAUAAUUUAAAUAAGAAUGCAGCAGGGAUUUAAGUUCAAAAGUGUUAAAAGCCUGGCAGUUUACAAAUAAAUCAUAAAGGGAUAUUGAAACGUCUUUCCUACCAAACAAUAAAUUGCAAAUGUUUGUUUUACUAAUUUAUAAUUUAAAGUAUUGUAAAGGCUAACUUUAAAACAGUAUAUAUUUGUUUAAUGUAGAAACGUAGGAUAUAUAAUUACUUAGCAAAGCUAUGUUGUGACUAGUUAAAAAUGUACAUUUUACACACAUUUAUGAACAUGAGUGUUUCUGUCAUGUUAUAUUUAUAGUAACACUUUUAGUAUGUCGACCUUUAUGGAGUAUAUAAUGUAUUUUCUGCAAUACUUGCCUUAAACUGGGUCAAAUUAUUUGAUUUGUUGGCAAUGUCGCUCCGUAUUGUUUGGGGGCGGAGUCUAAGGGGAGGAGGGCACGAGGUGGACAAGGGUUGCCAUGGCAACCGUAACUCAACGUAACGUCCGUUCAUUUAAAAAGACCACAGAGGCAGCGUAAAUGCUGGUCCUGUUAAGAGAGAAGAUGGAGUUGGAAAGGACGGUGACUGAACGCUCGACCUCGAGUCGCCAUGAAAAAAGUUUGGGGCUCCUCACGAUGAAGUUUGUCAGUCUACUGCAAGAAGCUAAGGAUGGCGUUCUUGAUUUAAAAGUGGCUGCAGACAGUUUGGCAGUGAAGCAGAAGAGGAGGAUUUAUGACAUCACGAACGUCCUGGAAGGUGUUGGGCUAAUCGAGAAGAAAAACAAGAACAUAAUCCAGUGGAGGGGGCAGAACAACGGGAGCCAAAGUCAGGAGAUGUUGGAGCAGAUCAGAGUUUUAAAAGCCCACAUCUCUGAGCUUGAGGUUCAAGAGAAGGAGCUGGAUGACCAGAAGGCCUGGGUGGAAGAGAACAUCAAACACCUCAACCAUGAUCCAGACAUCUGUGCCUAUAAAUUUGUGACGCACGAGGACAUCUGCAAUUCUUUCAGUGGAGACACUCUUCUGGCUGUUGUGGCUCCCUCUGGAACCCAGCUGGAGGUGCCACGUCCUGAAAGGAGUAAAAGUGGUCAGAAGAAAUACCAAGUGAACCUGCGGAGCCACUCUGCUCCCAUCCAAGUGAUGCUCAUCAACAGAGAGUCCGGCUCCAGAGUCCCUGUGGUCUUUCCUGUACCACCCACCGACGACAUUUGUCUGAUGCCAACCCCGCCCAGCACGCCCGCCAGCCUGCAGAAGUUCCCCCUCCUAAACUGUGCUGCCACUACACCCAACCCCACCUUCUCCUGCAGCCAGGACUCCGUCUCCUCAGACCAGCAGAUGGUGCUGCCAGACCUUGAUGAAGAGCUGACUCCAUCUUCCACCCCUAGUGACGUGCAAAUGGAGUGUCACAGCGAGUCAGCAGCAGCAGUGUUGGAGCAGCAUCAAAUAGACCUGGAGGAUCCAGAGUUCCAGUCUGUUCUGGACGUUAGCAGCCUGCUGCGGCUCAGCGCAGGCGCUGACAGCAUGAGGGACGACAGAGAGGGAGCUGUUGACCUUAUUGAUGAACUAAUGUCUUCUAAUGGUAUAGACUACAGCUUCAAUCUGGAUGAUGGUGCAGGAGUGUGUGACCUGUUUGAUGUGCAGAUCCUCAAUUACUGAUCUCUGCUGCCUGCCACAACUCUGCUGCCCUCAUUUCACACACCUCCAAGAAAUAUUUCCUGUUAUGUUGUUAUUGCACAGUCAGUGCUUCAUAUUGUUGCCUUAAAACAAAAAAAGACACAUCUUUAGACUGCACAGCUGUGCAUCAGACACGAUACAGUGACUUUUGUCAAUGACACCUGGCACCUGCAUGCGUUCUUCAACAAAUAUAUACAUAUUUUUAAGGAAGCCACAUUUGAUGUCUUUACUAAGACUUUAAUGGUUUUCUGGGUAAAUAAAAAAUUCCAGACAGAUAACGUGUCUUAGAAGUAAAGUAAGAUUAAUCCUACAGCCUCAUUAUAUUUUUCCUCAUCCACAGGCUUUUUUUGCCUAUUUUUCUUAUUCUUUUGCGGCUGGUUUUAUUUCUUUAUUUCAACCACGGUUGGAAAUCCAAGCUCUUUUUUUAAUUGAAAAGCAUCAUUUGUUUUACAGUUCUGAUUCAGAAACAUCUGAUAUUUAAGGAAUAAAUGUUUUGGUGUCAUUUUGUUACUUAUUAUUGAGGGGGGGAAGAAGCCAGAAACGUUUUUCUAUAUUAAUGACACUGCCAGUUUAUGCCUCCCUUUUUCACAGCUGUAUAUAUUUAACUACAUUUUAUUCUUAAUUUAAGUUAAAAAAGCUAUUUGUUCUAGUGUUUUGUAACUGAAACUAGGUUAAAUGUCUUCAUUUAAAUAACUGAGUUUGCCAUUUUUCUAAAUUGAUGACUAUUCAGAGCCCUGAAUGACAUUUCUGUGUAUUUAUGUUUUCUAAUUAAAAGAAGUCAUGUUUCGUU